AUGGCAAAGUUAUCAGCAUUUGCUACUGUCUUCUUAGCUAUUAUUAGUACGGCAACGGCUAUCGUACCGGGAACAUUCUUUGAUCGGUUUUUUAUGAUAAUUUUCGAAAAUACUAAUUUUGAUGCGGCGCAACAAAACGCUUAUCUAAAAAGCUUGACCAGCCGUAACAAUAGUGUCUUUCUGAGUCAUUAUUCUGGUAUUGCGCAUCCAUCCCAGCCCAAUUACAUUGCAACACUUUAUGGUUCAAACGGCGAUAUUUUCGACGAUGGAGUGCAUGAUGUGAACGGAAAUAAUUUAGUUGAUCUUCUUGAAGCCAAAGGGAUAAGUUGGAAGGGUUAUAUGCAAGAUUAUCCUGGUAAUUGUUUCACAGAUGCCAAGUCUGGACGCUACGUACGAAAACAUAACCCGUUUAUCAGUAUGGCAGACAUCAGCUCCAACCCUGCACGUUGUGCAAAGAUUGUUAACGCCGACGAAAUUGACGCCGACCUGGCUGCAGACGGCCUGCCACAAUUCUCUUAUUACGUACCAAAUCUGGACAAUGAUGGCCACGACACCAGCUUGGACUUUGCAAUGAAAUGGUUCCAACCUUGGUUUGAAGAGAGGCUCAAAAAUCCAAACUUUACUAAUGGCACACUGUUUCUCAUUACUUUCGAUGAGGACGAAACGGUUACCAAUCAUAUCUUUGCCAGUCUUCUCGGUAGUCCUGUUACGUCGGGUGCUCAUGAGGAUACUACAAGCUAUAGUCAUUAUUCGAUAUCGAAAACUCUUAUAGACAACUGGAAAUUGGAUAAUUUGGGGAGGAACGAUGUCAAUGCAACCGCCUUUACUCAAUUCUUACAACAUUCUUAA